AUGGAUAUUGCCUCCUAUGGCGAGCAUACGAAGAGUGUCAGGUAUCUGAUUGAGUCUAUCCGCUGGGGCAAUUCGAGAAGGAAAGCUGAGGUGGCGAAUAAGAGAGUGAAGGCCACGGGUGUUGCCCUGGAUGAGAACGAGGACGUUAACGACGUUGAGGUGGUUGAGGAAGACGAUUCAGAGGAGAUGGAAGAGGAGGAAUCAGAGGAGUCAGAGAAGGAGUGCUUGAUCCGACGCAAACUUAUUACACCUAUGACCCUUAGUGCCAAUCAAGCGGCUCCCAAGCCCUUCAAGGUUGCGGUCCCUCGUGUUACCAGAAGCCAAAGCAUCGCCCCGGCAUUAGUCCAAACAGCUCCUGGCCGCUUCACUCCAUCCAAGCGACGACUGAGGAGCAUGAGCGUUUGCCAUACUCGAGAAAAGCGGCGUUGA